CAUCAAGUUCCGGGUUGAUUUUGGUCACAGAGGAUCCAAGAUGGCGACUCACAUGUCGAGGUGCAGAACCUGGAGUCGUGUUCAAAGGUUUGGGAUUGCAGCUUACAGAAAGUACAGUAGUGGCAGCAGAUACCCAGAUAUCUCCCUCUCUUCACCGCUGCCUGGGAUCCCCAAGCCAGUGUUUGCAUCUGUUGAUGGUCAGGAAAAAUACGAGACCAGGAUCACCACACUAGAAAACGGCCUCAAAGUUGCUUCCCAAAACAAGUUUGGUCAAUUCUGCACGGUUGGAAUUUUAGUAAACUCUGGAUCCAGACAUGAAACAAAGUACCCGAGUGGAAUUGCACAUUUUUUUGAGAAGCUUGCCUUUUCUUCCACAGCUCAGUAUGGGAGUAGAGAUGAAAUUCUCCUCACCCUGGAAAAACAUGGAGGGAUAUGUGACUGUCAAACAUCCAGAGACACCACCAUGUAUGCUGUGUCUGCUGAGGUGAAGGGACUGGACACAGUCAUCAGUCUUCUCUCUGAUGCCGUUCUUCAGCCUCGCCUGCUAGAUGAAGAGAUUGAAAUGACCAGAAUGGCGGUGCGAUUUGAGUUAGAAGAUCUGAACAUGAGACCAGACCCUGAACCUUUACUCACUGAAAUGAUUCAUGCUGCCGCAUAUCAGAACAACACGGUGGGACUGCCUCGGUUUUGUCCUGUCCAGAAUGUGGAGAAGAUUGAUAAGAAAGUGCUCCACAACUACCUGCAGAACUACUACAGCCCUAAGCGGAUGGUGCUGGCUGGAGUGGGCAUCGAGCAUGAGCAGCUGGUAGAAUGUGCCAGGAAAUACCUGCUGGGCGUGAAGCCGGUGUGGGGAACAAGCUCAGUGGCGAAUGUUGACCUGUCUGUUGCACAGUAUACUGGUGGCAUUGUCAAGUUGGAGAAGGACAUGUCAGAAGUGAGCCUUGGUCCUACCCCAAUCCCAGAGCUAACCCACAUCAUGAUCGGCCUGGAGAGCUGCUCCUUCCUGGAGGAUGACUUCAUCCCAUUCGCAGUUCUCAACAUGAUGAUGGGUGGAGGUGGUUCAUUUUCUGCAGGAGGUCCUGGGAAAGGCAUGUUCACUCGUCUGUACCUGAACGUGCUAAACAGGCAUCAUUGGAUGUACAAUGCAACAUCCUACCAUCAUAGCUAUGAGGACAGUGGUCUGCUGUGUAUCCAUGCCAGUGCAGAUCCCAGACAGGUGCGAGAAAUGGUGGAAAUAAUAACCAGAGAGUUCAUUCAGAUGGCUGGCAAUGCAGGAGAGAUGGAGCUGGAGAGAGCGAAAACUCAGCUUAAGUCCAUGUUGAUGAUGAAUCUCGAGUCAAGGCCCGUCAUUUUUGAAGAUGUUGGUCGCCAGGUUCUCUCCACUGGGAAGAGAAAGCUGCCACAUGAAUUGUGUGAGCUUAUAAGCAACGUGACAGCCAGUGACAUUAAGCGAGUAACCACCAAGAUGCUGCGCAGUAAACCUGCAGUAGCAGCUCUAGGAGACCUGACUGAGCUGCCCUCAUACGAACACAUCCAGGCCGCCCUAUCUAGCAAGGACGGUCGUCUGCCCCGUGUGUAUCGCCUCUUCCGAUAGUACCCCCCUGGCUAACAAGCUGGACAUGACAAGCAAACUUCAGUGUAAAUAAGAUGGACUGAAAGAUUAUUCUAGUGUUCCCUCCCACCAACACAGAACUCAACACAACUCACUGUGGGAGGGGACUAAUACCCCAACUCUCCACUCAUCCUCUGAGAGUGGGGAUUUUAAAGACAAGUAACAUUUUACUCCUCAGUAACAUAGUCUACAUACAGUCAGAGUAUCUGUAUUUAUUGUAAAUGGUCAAGAAGCCAUAUUUCAUUAUUUACUGGGAUGGUUUGCAGGAAUUUACAUUGAACAGAUGGGAGCCAACCCAGAUCACAGAUGUUGUUUUAUAGAUGUUUGCCAUUUUACAGUGAAAUUAUCUUCAACAUUUAAGAGAAGGGGGCAGAUAACAGCCACAGCAGGCACUACACUGCUGAUCUCCUCCAGUCUUGUCUUUUUUUAUGGCAGAAAGAACAAAACACAGAAAUCUGCUAUUAAUACAAAAGCACUUAAUUGUCUCGAUUCUACUGUGGAGUCCAAGAGCAAGGCACAAGAAAAAAAUUAGUUGUUGAUUUUUUUCCUGUACUUUUUUAUUUUGAGUUCAAACUCGAAAUUAUAGCUUAUAGAAAGGUUUCGGUCUAAAAUUCAGGCAAAAGAAAUGUGUUGAAAAUGAAGUUGAAAUUUUGAGAAUAAAGUUAAAUGUUACAAAAAGUCCUGUUUUUUUCUCUACUUGGUAUUAGCACCAAGAACAUUAAUUAGUUCUCCAUGUUUCAACUUUAUUUUUAACAUUGAAUUUUGUUAAAUGUUAAGAAGAUAUCCUUGUGUUUAAAAGCUGGUGCUCUGUACAAUUCACAGGUGCAGGAAACACAUGGAAACUUACAGAAAACAUCACCAACAUGGAAUCAGUGAAAAACUCAGAAUAAAUGAUUGAAUUGCUCCUCAAAUCACACAUUUUCCCUCAACUGUUUUGUGUUCAGAAUAGUGUGAAACCUGUAGAUCUUUUUGUACAUUUUGUUGAAGGGUUUGUAAAUCACCUCUGCAAUUUAUUGGGAAAAAAAUUAAAAUAACAGUUUGGGAUUAAGUUCUCUAACAUGCUUUCUGGUGAAGAUUUAGACAAGAGGACCAAUACCACCUUUGAAUUUCUCCAUUUAAUAUGAGGUAGGCUAUACAGAGGUUUACCUGUUUGGUAUUAGCACCUUUAAAUUCAGCAUAACUUGGCAACCCACAAAAACUUGUGAAUUGAUUGAUAAAUAUAAUUUUGUUUGAUGUAUACAGUAACUGAAGUUUGAAAAUGAAACUUGGCUGUUUAAGAUAAUUAGAAAACCUGAAUCAACUGUUGAUUCUUGCCUUGCAGUCAGGCAAAAUUCCAGGAAACAGGCCUGCAUAAGAAUUCCCCAGAAAACAGCUUGUAGUGGUUUUAAUUUAAAUUAUGUAUAUAUAAAAGAAAUGUCCUGCAAGUUAGUGAGCUAUACAUGUGCUGGUAGCACACGGGAAUUAAUGGAUGUUGGAAACAUUUUAGCUGGGUUUAUUUUAGUUUAGUAAAUGGCUGGCCUUGCAACAGGUAGCUCUCAAAUGCUUUGUACCCAACAGUUCUUCGAGAUAAUGCACCAUUUCUGUAAAAGGCUCAUUCAAGCCAAUUAAACUUCCUGCACUUUCUAAAAUAAUAAUUAAAAAAAUUUCAGUCUAACACUAAAAUAAACUCAUGUCUAACUGUAAAUGUGGCUCAAACUCUGUACCACCAACAGUUAAAUGUAAUUACUGCCAUGAAUAAAAUGAUAUAUUU